UGAAUCAUCGAUAAUCGAUUUCAAACUCCCAAACCCAAAUCGUUCCUUAUCUCACCCAACCACCCUCACCACCGACACCACCACCUCCACAAUGGUUGCCUCCGGCCUUACUCCUGAGCAAGUCGAGCAGUUCAACAGAGACGGCUUUCUUCUUCUUCCCGGCGAGCUGUCUCCCGAGAGAGUGAAAGCGCUCUACAACGAAACCAGCAAGCUGCUCAGCGACUUCUCUCUCGCCGACCACCCGCUCACCAAGUUCUCUACCGACGAGACCGCACACGUCGGCGACGACUACUUCCUUACCUCGUCUGACAAAGUCCGGUUUUUCUUUGAGCAGGACGCGUUUGACGACAAGGGCGAGCUCACGCGGCCUAAAGAGAAAGCCAUCAACAAGAUCGGUCAUGCGCUCCACAAUCUCAACGAUGAGUUCCGUGCCGAUACAGUCAACGACCGCAACCGCGCAAUUGCGCACAGUCUUGGAUUCAAGGACGCCCUGGUCUUGCAGAGUAUGAUUAUCUGCAAGCAGCCCGAAAUCGGCGGCAAAGUGCCGUCGCAUCAGGACUCGGUCUUCCUCUACACCGAUCCCCCCAGCGCCGUCGGAUACUGGUACGCUCUCGAGGACUGCACGGCCGAGAACGGUGCGCUUUCGUUCGUCCCCGGAUCACACAAGUGGGCCAAGAUCUCGAAACGCAUGAUUCGCGCUGACGGCACCAAAGCCGGCACCACGUUCAUCAAGCUCGACGGCGUCGAGGCACCUCGCGAGCCUGAGGACGAGGAGUUUGUGAUGCCGGCGUGUCCUGCGGGAACGCUUGUUCUGAUUCACGGAUCUUUGCUGCACAAGUCGGAGCCUAAUCGGUCGCAAAAGUCGAGAUAUGCGUACACGUUCCACAUGAUUGAGGGAGAAUACAAGUACGACAAUCUUAACUGGCUUCAGGUUCCGCCGACGGAGGAGGGAGGCGCCAACUUCACUCAUCUUUUUGCUUGAUCUAUACAUCUUUAUCAUUCUUUUGUAUCAUUUUGGAUUUAUUAUAUAUUUGGCGCUUUGAUGUUCAAUUGACCGAUAUGAUCGAUGUCGAUUUUAUGACUACCUUCCAGUCUUUCACCUUCACAGUCUAUCUGAAUGAACCGAAGUCUAUACUAUGCUUAUCUUGAAUCGAGCUACAUCAGCUACAGUCUCCCAUACUUGACACGACGACUGCACACAUAAAACAGUAGUCAGACAGGCCGUGAAGCCGCCGCAUCCCUAAUCUGAAUAUACCAGGCUCGUGAGCGGUCUCACGCUACAGGUCAAAGUGAACGCACACC